AUGUCAUCUAAUGAUCAUGAUAGAAUUACAAACAGUCAAGAUAAUGUUAAUAAAGAUACUUAUUUAUUAGAUCGACCUCCACAAACUUUAUUGAAUCAUAAUUAUUCAUCUUCAAUUUCAUCAAUAUCUUCGACAACAAGUUCAAUAAAUUCAAUUAAUUCACCACCUUCUAAAAAGAUAUCAAGUGGUACUAUUAAUUAUUCUCCAAAACAUUCAAGAAAGCCAAAUUCUUUUCAUUUAAAUCGAAAUAUGAAAAAUUUAUCAUUAAAUUUAAAUGAUUCAAAUCAUAACCAAUGGCAACAACAACAGUUACAAAACUCACAACCUUCUCAAAACCAAGUGCAACAAUCUAUGAAACAACAUACACAAACAAACUCCAAUUCGAGUUUUUCAUCCUCAAAUUCAAAUUCAAAUUCAUUUUUCAAAAAUUCGGAAGGGUCUCCAAUUAAGAGAAGUACAAUAACUAACAAUUUAAUAAAUAAUUCAAGCUUACAAACACCAUUCGUCACUCAUACACCAACUGUACCUCCCAAAAUACCGAAAGCUCCUGAUAGUAUUGAUUCUCAACAACUGUAUAAGUUUCCACCAAUAUCCAAUGAACUUGGAAAUCUUGAAGAAAAUGGCUAUAAACAAGAGAAUAAUGAUUUAGAAAAUUUUAUACCUCCAAUACCUCCGCCCUUUGCAUUUUCAAAUAAUUCUAAUAAACAUUAUUCACCACUAUCAACACCACCAAUAUUACAAAGUCCAGUUAAAAAAGCCUUUAGUUCAAAAUCAAAGACUAAUUCGCCAUUGGAGACUAAUUUCAGUCAAAAUGUGAAAAAGAAUGGUAAUGCAAAGCCUGUGGUUGAAGAAUUGCAAGAGAAAUCAUUAAUUAACGCAUAUCCAAAUGGACCUAGAAAUGUAUUGAACAACCUAAUCUAUUUAUACUCAGAUCCUAAUUUAUCAAAUAUUGAUUUAAAUGCUUUCAAUUUGGUUAUCAAUGUUGCAAAAGAAUGUAAAAAUUUAUCUAAGAAUCAUGAUAAUUUAGAAUAUUUAUACUUACCAUGGUCACAUAAUUCGCUGAUUUCAAAAGAUUUAUUAUAUUUAACAGAGAAGAUAGAUUAUUAUUAUAAUCAAAAUUUAAAGAUAUUAAUACAUUGUCAAUGUGGAGUAAGUAGAUCAGCAUGUGUCGUAGUUGCAUAUUUAAUGAAGAAAUUUAAAAUUGAUGUCAAUAAAGCUUAUGAAAUAUUAAAAAAUGGAGAUUCAAGUUUAAAUAUAGAUAAAUGUGAUAGAAUAUGUCCAAAUAUGAGUUUAAUAUUUGAAUUAAUGGAAUUUAAUGAUAUUUUAAAUAAUAAAGAAUUUACAACCCAACUGAUAUUAUUAAAUACACCACCAAAAUUAAACAUAUAA